UUUUCAGAUGCCCUGUACUAUCGCGAGAUCUCUCCUGCACAGAUCCAAUAAACGCAUCCCGGAAGAUCUCGUGAUAUUUAGAAGACGCUCGCGGAGCUAAGGUGAGGACGCUCGCACCAUCAGCACGCUCAUUGAUCUGUGAAGGACGACCCAGGACCACAACCCCAGGCAGAGUCUAAAUCAUGGGGAAUAUCUUUGGAAACUUGUUGAAGAGCCUCAUAGGAAAAAAAGAGAUGAGGAUCUUGAUGGUGGGACUGGAUGCUGCAGGAAAAACCACAAUUCUUUAUAAGCUCAAACUGGGGGAAAUAGUCACCACAAUCCCAACGAUUGGGUUUAACGUGGAGACGGUGGAGUACAAGAACAUCAGCUUCACUGUGUGGGAUGUGGGUGGGCAAGACAAGAUCCGUCCUCUCUGGAGGCAUUACUUUCAAAACACACAGGGUCUAAUCUUUGUGGUGGACAGUAACGACAGAGAACGUGUGAAUGAAGCUCGGGAGGAGCUGAUGAGGAUGCUGGCUGAGGAUGAACUGAGAGAUGCAGUCCUCCUUGUGUUUGCCAAUAAACAGGACUUACCCAACGCCAUGAAUGCUGCCGAGAUCACAGACAAGCUGGGCUUACACUCCCUGCGUCACCGCAACUGGUACAUCCAGGCCACGUGUGCCACCAGCGGCGACGGCCUCUACGAGGGCCUCGACUGGCUCGCCAAUCAGCUCAAGAACAAAAAAUAAGAAGACAUGUGUGGAAAAAGAAAUGCCAGCAGCCAAACAAGUUCAACUUUUUUCCUUUGUUUGCAGGGUGGGGGGGGGGGGGGGUUCUGGGGGUUCUGAUGGAUAGAUGCAUCAUCAACCAAGAUCUUGGAUAAAGUGAACCCUUUAUUUUUGCUCUGUUCUGACAGUGGAUGUUAAAGCAUAUUUUCAUGUUCAUAAUUAAGCAGACGGACACUCAGACAGCAUCACUCGACGGUUCCUCUUGUGUUUCGGUGCAGUGUGAUGUACGUCCGUUUCCAGGUGCUGUCAGAAUCAGAGAUUUAUCGAGACGUCUUCAUGUUCGCUUCAGCUUUGUCACUUUUUCGUUCCGUGUUUUUAUUUGCCUGCAUGGUGACAGAAUCUUCUCCACCUUCAACGCUGGUUCCUGUUCAUGAGCAAACCUGAGUACCGAUAACUGCAAAAAGAAGACUUCCUUUACUGCCAACUUUGGAACUUUUCUGAUGCCGGUGUUCUGUUAGCAGACGAGGCUCCUCUAAAGAUUUCAAACGCUCAACACUUCCUGGAUGCAUGCUAAGGCAUUAUAGCCGUCGUCAUUAGAGAUCAUGAAUGUGGAUUUUCUAUCAUCUUCCUCACAUUCGGAUGCAGAAACCGACCAAAGCUCCACUCUGUGCAUUAAAACAAUCGAUGAAAACACUGAGAUUACACCCAUCAGCCCAGAUACAAAGUGAAGUCGCUGCUGUUUUCUGGCUUUUUGCGUAUCAAAGUGCAUCAGGUUCUCUCACUUGUGUGUUUUGCCACUCUUUGUUAAUGAAUGUGAAUGAAUCUAUAAAUGAUUAUGUUCAUGAUGUGCAGCCGUUUCCUGUUUGCAUAGUAAUGAUAUGGUCGAUAUGGAGGGGUUGGAGUUUGGUGAAACCAGCCAAAUCCGCCGACUCGUGUCACCUGAAGGAUUUUCUUGUGCCAUACAUGAGUAUCAGUACUCACUAUAUCAAACUUCAUUAUCCAGCUUUUCUUUUCAUUAACACAGUCAUUGGUCUGUUGUGGCCUUAUAUUUAUUGAUCAUUUCCUGUCAUCCAUUUUGGUCUCAGAUGUUUAAAGAUUAACGAGCAUAAAGGCGAAGCUUUUGUUUGGUUUCUAAAUGACCUUUUAUGAUCAUCUGAAUCCAUAUUUGGUGGUUGACCCAUUUUGGUUUAAAGACACGUCAGUGUAGUCUGUAUCUGUGAAAUAUUGACAAAUCCUUUGGGGCAGGGGGUGAAAAGCUUCUCUGAGUAUUCAUUCUGUACCAUUGUAGUGACACAAACCGAUCCGAAAACAGUGAAGACGGUGUUUCAAAGACGAACGCAUGUUGACAUCUGUAUGUGAUGCAAGAAGAAAAUCCUGCUGUAUUACAAAUAAACUCAUUUUCUGUAGUUA